AUGACUGCCAAACUGUACAACCGUUUGCGCGCUCUGAAGGUAGACAACCCGCACUUGAAGAUCCUCUUGUCUCUUGGAGGAUGGAACAUGGGGUCUCAGAAGUUCACCAAGUUGGUCUCGUCUGGCGAUAACAUGAAAGCCUUCGCAACCAACGCCAUGAAGUAUCUGCACGACAAAGGUUUCGACGGCCUUGACAUUGACUGGGAAUUUCCAACUCGUAGAGGCAGUCCUGACGGCGAUAAGCAACGAUUCACGGAGUUAUUGCGUGUUCUGAAACACGCUUUCUACCAAGAACACUUUGUUCAUCGUAACAAAAACCUAAUGUUGACGGUUGCUGUGUCGGCUAACCCCGGUGUCGUCGCCACUUACUAUGAACCGUCGAAAAUUAGCCAAUACGUGGAUUUUUUUAACGUGAUGACGUACGACUUCCAUGGCGGCUGGGAAAAUUACACCGGCCACCACAGCGCUCUAGAUGGGCCAGACAGUGAGCCAUUUACCGUUAAAAAGUCGGCAACUGCCUGGGCAAACCAUGGCGUACCUAAGUCAAAGAUUAUGAUCGGUAUUCCCUUUACUGCACACACUUUUACUCUCAAAGACGGCAAUCACACCGGAAUUGGGUCCCCUACGAUUGGUGCAGGAAGAGCCGGAGAAAUUACCAAACAGAAAGGAUCCUUGGCAUAUUUUGAGGUGUGUAAACUGCUGCAACAGGGCGCGGAGGGACACAGGUUGGUGGAUUAUCACGUUCCAUACCUCGUUGACGGCGACCGCUGGGUAGGGUACGAUGACGAGAAAAGUAUUGAAGAGAAGGUUCAGUAUGUGGUGAACGAAGGUUUCGGCGGGAUUUUCGUCUGGGCCUUAGAUCUUGACGAUUUCUCUGGUGUUUGUGGAAAACAGUUUCCACUGAUGAAUAAAAUCAAGGAUACGUUUGCCCACUUGAUCGGAUAAUGCGUCUUUAACGUACAGUAGUUCGGGUGUUAUUAUGGAAUAAAAUAAUAUUAAACAA